UUCGCCCUCAUCUCUCGCUUCGUCAUUUGAUAUAACCAUCGCUGCCCUGAGUAAUAGUGUCUGUCUUCACUUGGCCAUUCUAUCUAUUCUAUACUAUCGUUGUGCCCCAAAGUAGAUCUGGUUUCUGUCGAUCCAGUGUUUUGGUGGAGACUAUCCGAUAGAGAUCCACGUCCCACAACUUGCGACAGACGGUCGCCAUUGCGUCCAAACAUAACUCUGACCACAAAGGCUGGUAACUCUUCACCACCUGAGAGUUUAUGUAACGACUUGGAUCGUCAGCGCGACAUACCAGGCACAAUCGUCCUGGCCCACAACUCAUUCUCCUCUGAAACAAGUGACAUCGGUAUCGCUCAUUCACUCGCUAGACUGUCUCAGCAAUGAAUCUUCGAGCCGCGGGCCUUCGCAAGGCCCGCCGCCAACCCUCUUUCACAUGGAUUUUACUCGUCAUUGCCGUCUUGAUGAUGGCGCAUAUAUCUUUCGCUCAGGAUACCACUGCGAAUGACCCUGCGCCGACAACGGAUGUAUCAACUAAGGAGACGACCAAAGCUACGACACACGACGACACUACCACGACAUCAAAGACCACGAAAGAGUCCACAACAGACAAACCGGCAACGACAACAACAACCGAGUCCUCGACAUCUACAGACUCCAGUACAACCUCCACCGCAACGAACGAUUACCCCGUGGUGACAGUGCCCCCACUCGCCGAUGCACCAUACAUGCAAACAUCAGAUACCCCCGAAGGGACCGUCUUCAUCGCCGUCGGUGCAGUUCUAGGCUUCCUGGGUCUUGCGCUACUAGCCUGGCGUGGCAUGGUGGCAUGGUCCGUAAACCGAUCCGUCCGCAAGGCAGCCAUAAUGCAAUCCUCCGAGGCAAAGGGACUCCUCCGUCACAGGAGAAAGAGAUCUGCGCACCGCUCGCAUGGCGGCCCAGCACCAGCCGUCUCCUUGGAAAAAAUGAGCGGCGGGCAUCGCACAAAUCCCCGCUCCUCCAAGGGCCCAAGAUCCAACAGUGGCUUGUUCUUCUCCCCCACGGCUGGAAUGCACAGCGGCGGAAACAGAGGUUCAAGUUAUCUUCCCGCGGGGUAUUAUGCUGCUGGGAACACUGCGGCCGGUAGUGGAAGCCACCAGAGUAUGCAGUUCUCGGCGCCUGAUCUUCCAGGCAUGGGCCCGCAGGCACAGGGGUAUACGAGAACAAAAUCGGGACCCAGCCCACCUGGCACGCCUACCCAUGCUCCUGGUGGUGUCUACGAACCCCAGUUUAACACUUCGAGAUAUUCCCACGUGGCGUCCAAUAGCUCUGUCAAUCUUGCAUCUCCUACGCAAGGAAGGACUCCUAGUGCCUACUUGGAAGACUUGUUCGAGAACCCUCCUCCCCACAAUAGACAGUAGGGUUGGGCGCUCUACCAUUCCAAGACCGAACGAAUGCUGUAUCUGAGUUUCACUUUCCCUGCCCCUGUUCUAUUCUUAGUUUUCCCGUUCUACGUUCGAUGGCAAAUAUCAUUUACAUAAUCUUGCUAUAUAGCGUAUGUACAUUUCUCAUGUCAUGAACAACCGUCUCCAGCCUUCAGGACUACGCACCUUUCUGGAUAGUUUUUCACCUUGUCUCUUUGGUUUUUGUAGCGGUAAUUUAGGCGACGGAGUUCACUGGAGGUCAUCUAGACCAUCAUGAAGCUUUUGGUGUGGUAUUUGUUGAUUUCUUUUUCUUGAGUUACAUUUCAGGGUCUUGGGUCUCCCUGUCGAAAGUGCAAUUUUUUUUAUUACCCAUAUGUCCGUACCGUAGUUGCAUGUA